AGUCAGAGUGCAGAGAAAACAUUUGAGUAUACUCAAUGUGAUAAAGCCUUCAUUUUACAUGCUCACAGUCAUGCGCAAAGGCGUGAAAGGAUUGAUACAGAAAAGAAACCCCAUGGAGUUAUUCAAUUUUUUGAAGUCUUUGCACAUUAUACCUGUCUCCAAAUACAGAAAAGACCACAAAUCCUAAAGAAACCCUAUGAAUGUAAUCAGUGUGGGAAAUCUUUUGCAAAUCACAGUAAUCUUAAAAGGCAUGAAAGAACUCAUACUGGAGAGAAAUGCUACAAAUGUAAUCAAUGUAGUAAAGCCUUUACAAAUCAGAGUCGUCUUAAAAGGCAUGAAAGAAUUCAUACUGGAGAGAAACCCUAUAAAUGUAAUCAAUGUGAUAAAGCCUUUUCACAACAUUUUUAUCUGCAAACGCAUGAAAGAAUUCAUAGUGGAGAAAAACCCUACAAAUGUAAUGAAUGUGAUAAAGCCUAUUCCCAACUGAGUAGUCUCCAAAUACAUAAAAGAACACAUACUGGAGAGAAACCCUACAAAUGUAAU